CCAACAAACCCAAACAACCAAAUCAACAUGAAGUUCCUCAUCUGCUUGACCUUCUUCAUUGCCGCCGCCCAGGCUGGUUUCAUUGCCUCUCCUGUGGCCACCUAUGCCGCUGCUCCGGCUUAUGCUGCCACCUACCCCGCUGCUGCUGCUCCUCUGGCCUAUUCCGCUCCAGUAACCACAUAUGCUGCUCCUGGCUACACCACCUAUGCUGCUGCUGCUCCUGCCUAUACCGCCUACAGUGCUCCUGCUUAUACUGCUCCGGUGACCACCUAUGCCGCUGGUGCUGCCUUCGCCUCUCCUAUUACCACCUAUGCUGCUCCGGCUGUUGUCAGCUCCUUCCUGAAGAAGAAGUAAACAGAAAAUAUGAAAUUGAAAAGUUGAAAAUGGUAUCACUUGAAUAAAAUAUAUAACUCGAAAA